UUUCGGGUCUGUAACACCCUCCCCUCCGGCAGGUCUCUGCGGUACCUUUGUGCCCUGCAUCCUGGCCUGCCAGGUGUCCCAGGACUUCGGCGAGUCCUGUUUUCUGCCCUGUCUACCCGGCACCCUGCUGGCCCUGCGCACGGGGGUGCGGGAACGGUACCACAUCGAGGGCAGUAUCUGCGACGAUUGGCUGGUCAUGGCCUGUUGUGGGCCCUGCGGCCUUUGCCAGCUGUCCCGGGAGCUGUCACACCGGAAAUGAGGGGGCCUCUGAACCGUCUCUGCAGCAGGAAGAAAAUCUGCCCCCCAGCCUGGGGAGGAGAACAGGGACACGGGGGGGGAGGAGCCCCUGCCCCAGUCCCCAAACCCCCUAAAUAAAUAACCCCACAAACUCUU